GCAGACCCAGAGAUGUCAACGCAGAGUGGAGGGUAUGAUGCGGAACUGUUUGUGGACCCUCCAGAUUAUGAUGUGAUCUGCACUAUUUGUCAAGGAGUCCUCAGAUGUCCAGUGAGAGCUGCGUGUCACCACAUCUUUUGCAAGAAAUGCAUCCUACAGUGGUUAAAAAGGCAAGAGACAUGCCCCUGCUGCAGGAAGCCGGUUAACCCAAGCUUGAUCUUUGUCAUGUUUAAACUCAGCAAAUCUAUUGGACGUAUGAAGAUCAAGUGUAAAAAUGAGGUCCGUGGUUGUGCAGACACUUUCCCUCUGUCAGAGCAGUACUGCCACAGCAUGAGCUGCAUGUAUGAGCUCAUCCCCUGCCCAUACCAGGGCUGCAGGGUGCAGCUUCUCCGCAGAGACCUGCAAACCCAUGCACGCCACUGUGAGCACUGGCGCCAGCCCUGCCAUAUGGGCUGUGGGACCAUACUCUCCCAUAGCACCCAAGCUCAGCACAACUGCUACAAGCAGCUGCGGCAGGAGUAUGAGGCCAGGCAGCGGAACCACAGGGCAAUUGCCGCCGCCCUACAGAGGAAGAUGAGGAGGAUGCAAAGCACCAUGGCCCACAUGAAAAGGCAGAUCGGUCUAAUCUGUGAGAGCCUGGAGGUGAUGGAUGACCUGCAUGAGGUGGAAGAGGAGGACCUAGGGGACAGUAGUGGCAGUGUCAGUGGCACUUCAAGCAGCAACAGCAGCUGUUGA